AAAAAAUAAAAAGGUAAAUUAAACCAAUUAAAAAUUAAUGGAGGAGGCUAUAAAUUUUUGUUGGGUGCUAAUUGGUUGUGGGGAGGAGGGAGUUGACAGAUCUGGGACAAGUCCAGCGGCCACCAAUAAGGAAAGAAAGAGUGGGCGGGGAGAAGGUGGAACAGUUGAAGGAGGGGAACAAUCGGAUUAUCGGGAUUUGCUCAUGGAUCGAAUAGAAGAGGGACAAAGAAGAAGAGAAGACAGAUAGAAUGGCAGAAAAGAGCUGGAUUUGGUGUCCAAUCGGGUGGUGGUGAUGAGACCGUCCGGUCGUGUGCAAAGGAAAGAAUCGAGGGAGGUGGGAGCCAUGGUUGAGCGGCGGGGGAGUCCUUUGCCCGCCCCCAAUCCACUAAUAUCAAGCCUGCAGCCUUGUGCUGCGUUGUUGCCACCACCGUUGCUUUUUAACCUC